GUGAGCAGGGUCGUAAUCUCAGCAGUGGAUGUUCUAACUCCGAAGGUUAGAUUGAUUAUCUGUGCGAUGCUUCCCUAUUGGUUCUCUGCCAUAUCCAUGAAGAGUGUCGGUAGGGAUGCAUUGAGGAUAGUGGAGGAGGUCCACAGACAAUUCAACACCAUUCCCGGUCUCAUGGAAAUCACUACUAAACCUGACUACACAACCUGCGCCAAGAUCUCAACAAAUGCCUCCAUCAAAGAAGUGAUCCCUAUGGGUGCUCUCGUCAUGCUUACACCUCUCAUUGUCGAUAUCCUCUUCGGAGUUGAAACUCUCUCUAGCAUCCUUGCGGGCUCCCUUGUUUCCGGUGUUCAGAUUGUUAUCUCUACUUCAAACACUGGUAGUGCAUGGGACAACGCAAAGAAGUACAUUGAGGCGGAUGCUUCUGAGCACUCGAGGACACUCGGACCAGACCCACAUAAAGCAGCAGUGAUCGGUGACAUGUUCGGAGGCCCUCUAAAGGAUACAUCGGGUCCGUCGCUCAAUAUUCUCAUCAAACUCAUGGCUGUAGAAUCACUAGUAUUUGCGCCGUUCUUCGCCACUCAUGGAGGUCUCCUCUUCAAGAUCUUCUAA